AUGAAGGCAAAGGAAGUGAAUGUUCUAAUGGUGUCACUUGCCUUCCAAGGCCACAUCAACCCCAUGUUAAAGUUCGCUAAACACCUUAUUUCAAAGGGUGUUCAUGUCACUAUCGCCACUACCGAAGAUGGCCGUAACCGCAUGCUGAAACACACAAACCCAAAUAAUUCCUACAGCCCAGAAAUAAAACUCGAGUUUUUUUCAGAUGGCCUUAGCCUUGACUUUGAUCGUUCAGAUAUCGAGUCCUUACUCAAAAGUGUUCGUGAAAAAGGUUCCAAAAACUUGUCCACUCUCAUCACCAACAUUACCAAAGUUCACAACUACUCGUGUGUUAUUGUCAACCCCUUUGUGCCGGGGGCUAUAGAUGUGGUUGCUAAACAUGGCAUCCCUUGUGCGUUGCUUUGGAUCCAGGCUAGUGCAGUGUAUUCCAUCUAUUAUCGUUACACCAAAAACAUUGAUGCGUUUCCCAGUUUGGAAGGCCCGAAUAAUAAAGUGCAAUUGCCUGGACUACCAAUGUUAAAGGUUAGAGACCUUCCUUCUUUUAUUCUUCCUUCUGCCCCUCUUCACUUCAGGCAAGUUAUAAGCGAUUUAUUCAAAUCUUUGGAUAAAGUGAAAUGGGUUUUAGGUGCUUCGUUUUAUGAGAUUGAGGAAGAGAUAGUGAAGUCCAUGGCUUCACAAACCCCAAUUUACCCAAUUGGGCCAUUGGUCUCACCGUUUUUGUUGGGUGAAAAGGAAACAAGUGAUUUUAAUGUGGAUAUGUGGAAUGCUGAAGAUUCAUGUUUAGCGUGGCUUGAAAAUAAGCCACCUUCUUCUGUUACCUAUGUGUCGUUUGGUAGCAUACUUGUGUUGUCACAACAACAGAUGGAUAACAUAGCUCUGGCUUUGAAGAAUAGCAACAAACCGUUUUUGUGGGUGGUUAAGCCAGCUGAUGGAGGAUCUAAACAAGACGCUGCUGAAUUGCCAAAGGAAUUUGUUGAAGAAACUAAAGAGAGGGGUUUGGUGGUGAAAUGGUGCCCUCAAGAGAAAGUGCUAAUGCACCCUUCUGUGGCUUGUUUUAUAAGCCAUUGUGGGUGGAACUCCACGCUUGAGACUGUGGUUACUGGUGUGCCUGUUAUUGCUUGGCCUUCUUGGACCGAUCAGCCAACAAAUGCUAUGCUUAUAGCCAACGUGUUUCGAAAUGGGGUGAAGGUGAAUUUUGGGGAAGAUGGGGUUGCCACUGCAGAAGAGAUUGAGAGGUGCAUUAGGGAAGUCAUGGAAGGGCCAACUGCUGGAGAGAUUAAGAAGAGGGCAAGGGAAAUGAAAGAGUCAGCAAGAAAAACUUUACAGGAUGGUGGCACUUCUAACAAGAAUGUCAAUCAAUUUAUCAGUGACUUGAUUGUUGAGAAUCCAGUCAGGGAUUAA